AUGGAUUUUGAUUUAGUGGCAAAAAUAACUGAAGAAUACAUGCAAAAUGAGGAUUUGGACUCUAAUAAUGAUAACAGUAAUGAUCUUCCUUCACAACCGUCAUCAUCAAAUGAAAAUAAUAAGGCAACCAAUUCCUCAAACUCUUCAGACACUCCUCCUAAUACACCAAUAACAUCUCAAAAAUCGACAUCUUUUGUUGGUAGUAAUCAAACAGAGGGUGAUUCCUCACCAAAAGUUACAACACCACCACAAUCCGAAACAGUGGAUGUAAAUAGGCGAUCACUAGACAAAAAAACAGACAUACCCAUUCCAAAAGAAAAGACAAAUUUCAAAACUUUAAAAUCAAAAAUAUUUGGAUCAAGGAAAGGUUCUUUUGUUGGAGUGUUGGGGGAAAUAUCUAAGGGCUCUUUUGCAUCAAACAAAGAUAUUACCGAAAAGGGAGAAAUAUCCAAGGGAUCUUUUACAAGUACAUCAAGCGAUCAGGAUACUGUUGAUCAAGAUGAUGUAUUUGCAGAUUUUGCUGUUUCGAAUAUUGUGUCUGUUGCUGAUUCAACAAAUUCAGACACAAAGAAUAAGAUUAAAUUCGAAAAGGUCACUACUAUGGAACCUACUUCCCCAUCUCCAACCACACCUACCAGUAGAAACAGAUCAAUGAGAGGUACCUUAUUCUUAAAACGAGAUUCUAUUAUUCAACAGGAAGAUGUGCCAGUUAAACAAAAAAGAGGAGAGUUGGAGGCAUCUAUUGAAAGUAGUAUUUUCACUGGUGUUGGUAUGGGUGAUGUAAAAGUAUUAGUAGCAGUUGAAGGUAUUUUAACAGGCCAAACUACGAAAAAGAAAAAGGACAAUGUAGUUUUAGUGAUUGCUAGAGAUUGGUGUGGAUCAUAUAUUGUAGUGACACUUAACAACCCUAGAACAGGGCUAUCAUUUUCAGGAACAGCCAGAUCAGUGGUAAAAAGUUAUUCUCUUGCUGACAGUUUUUCCAUUAAGGUAUUAGAAUCAGGAAAUAAUGUCAAAUUUGAACUUAAUAUUGAUGGAGAUAAGGAGAUCUUUAUAAUGAACCAAAAAUCUUUGAAAAAGUUUCAGAAAGGACUUAAUUUGGCGUUUUCAAAAAUCCAUGAAAAUGAAUCAGAUGAAGAUAUUUUGAAUAUGAGACUUGCAAGUGUUGAAUUUGCUGAGUCAACUUGUCCAUCAUCCUUUAAUCCCGAAGAUGUCCAGAAUUUGCUAUCAAUCGCUUUUGAUACUAAAAGAAUAUCCUUAGACGAUUUGAUCAAUCUAAGAACUAUGAUAAGAAAGUCUCAAAAUCGUAAGGCUUUACUACAAUCACUUUGCUUAAGAUUGGACAAUACAAACCCUAAUGACGAAAAGGAAAUUUCUUUAAUACUGGAUAUGUUUAACGAAUCAGUUAUUUGUCCUGUUAGAAGUGAUGGGGGUUUUGAACUUAAAAUACGAGACAAACUAUCACUUUUGAUUGGAAAUAUGAAAGACGGUGAAACAUUGGAAAAAACUGAACUAUUAAUUGACCAAACACCACUUUUAAUGCCUAUUUUGGAUAACUGGCAAGGAAGGGGAAAACUACCUGAUGUACCAUUUCCUCCAGAGUUCUUGGACGGUCCUACCAUUGAUAUUGUUUUUGGAAUGCUUUUUUAUACUGACACACAUAUUUUGAUGGAUAACUGCAACAUGCUUCCUUCUGAGAAGCUCAGAUAUCCAUAUACAACAGUUUCAAGUUUAAACACAGACUGUUCAGACUAUCAGUGGCUCCUAGAUCUAGGAAAAAAUUGGUCUGAACACAUUUCCAACUUAGAAGAUCCACCAGAAAAUAUGUUUCCAAAUCUAAAAUAUGACAUGAUUAGAGCUACCAAAAAGCUGAAAGGCUUAUUUAAUUGUGAUCUUGGUUUAUUGUAUGAUAGAAUUGUUGAUAUUAAGGAAUCAAAAGUAGCCAUGUUGAUCAGUUGCAAAUAUAUUGAAGACAGAUCUUCAUUUAACGUGAAGGAUUACUUAUGGGAAGAAAGAUCGGUUUUUGAACACAGAUUAUAUCAAGGUCUAGGAAUUAUAAAUCAUUUUAAUGAAAGAAUCGAGAGACUAUCUAGUACCUAUUAUGGACCAAGAUUUGUUGAAAAUAUAAUAAGUUUUUCCAAACAAUUUCAAGCAAGCACAAAGCCUCUAGAUGAAGGUUUAUAUUUGUGUUACCUGAGAUGGUGUUGGACACCAAAAAAUAAUAUUAGGUUACUAGUUGAGGAAAACAAGAGAAUGAUGAUACCACAUGUUAAACUUUCAAAAGGAUUAAUAGACAGACAAAAAUGGGAAUGGAUACAAAGUAUUAGAUUAAGAGAGAAAAUUGGUUAUCCAGUUGAAAAAGACCCACAAAAUCAAGUCAAUUUAGAGACCAAUAUUGACCAAUACGAAAAAUUCGAACAAAAAUUCUGUCGAGGAAUGCUUGAGUUGAAAUCAUCUCUUGGUAUUGAAAGUUUAGGAUCUCUUUAUGAUUUGGAAUUUAUUCCAAUGGACACUACAAACAGAAUAUUUCUUAUUGUUUAUUGUGAACAAGUUGAAAACGAAGAUGUGCUCGAUACAUGGGCAGGAAAGUACAUGUGGAGAUCCUUUAAUACUUUUGAAAACUUGAAUUCAUAUUGCUUUGUAGAGUUGGUAUCUUCACUCUAUAAAGCAAAUGUUAACAAGUUUGUAAAUGAAUACGAUGGCUCGACCAUUGACGAAAUAGCUAGGCAAGGAUCGAAUGAUAAACAAAAUAUGGUUCUCAGAGCCCACAAGACAUGGUCUCCUUUUAGAUGGUCUAAUAGAAUAUUGCAUUGGUCAAUGAAAGGAAGCUAUUCAAUAACUAGUACUUGUACAACAGCAACACCUGAAAAUAUAUCGGUUAGUGUUAAGGAUGCAGCUAAAAAUGUUUCUGGUUUGAAUGUAGAACUCAAAUCUCUUAUUAUCAGUCUUUCCCAAAAAUAUACAUUCAAUGAUCCAAAUGCUUGGGAUUCAAUUAGUGACACUAUAUUCAAAAAGACAAAUAGGGCAAAUAGAAGCAUUAAAGUUUCGUCAACACCAAACAUAGCCAAGAAAACUAUUGGACAAACAAAUACUGUGAAAACAAAUCAAGUAACAAAAGAAUACGUUCUUCCAUGCACUCUUGAUAAUUUUAUUGAUAUUGAUGCAGUACUCAAACCGACAUCUAAGGACGUAUGUUCAAACAUUGUUGGAGAAAUAAUUGAGUUAUCUUUGAUGAGAGCAAUUGAUUGGAGUGAACAAUUGGUUGUAUUUGAUGUUGUAGAAGAAAUGAUUGGUGUUGUAGAGACAUUGGAAGAGGUUAAAGACUCAGUUACUCUCUUUGAAGAGGCUGAUUCCUAUAUUGAAAUCUUUAGAGAAGAAAGAGAAUUUUACCAACUUACAUAUUUAAACAUGUUCCAAGAAGUUACAGAAAACUCAGAGCAAGACAGUGAAUUUUUGAAGCAAGCCGUUUCAGAAGCUGGAGCAGCCUAUGAUGGAAUUAUAAGAAACUCUGUUUCUUUAUUUCACUCGUCAAUGGAAAAUGCAUUAGCCAUGUUAAACUCUGCAACUUCUGCACAGGAUACUUUUGAUUUGGUGUUGGAUAUGGAGCAGUAUGAAUUGUCUUUGGUGGAGUCAGAGAAAAUUCUUGAGAAGUGUUGUAACAAUACCAAGUAUCUCGAUAAAAUUAGUCACCUCUUUGAUGAGAAAGUUGAGAUUGGUGGACACUUAGAAGAAUCUGAUAUUAAUUCAAUGAUUACAACAUCAAGAAAUGAAUACAAUAGAUUAUUAGACUCUAUGAAGAAAACAAUGGAAAGAAUGAAAAUAAGUAAUCAGCAACCAACACUUGCACAAGUCCCAAUAAUUCAUUUACCAACUAUUAUGCAUACAGCCAAUAUUUCAAAACAAGAAAAGGGGUUUGAAAAAUCUUCAACCUUUAUUACUGUGCUCUCAAUAGAGAAAGUUCCAUUUGAAGUCUCAAUCAAUGAAACCAAUCAAUGGAGGUUUAAACCCUACUCAUCAAAAACACUGUCCAAUACCCUAUCAUUUGAUUAUCCUUGGGAUAUUGUUGAAAUAUUUGUAAAUUACUUGAAAGCUAAAUCUGCAUCUUCCUUCCUUAUUGACUUACAAGUGCAAAUUGAGCAAGGAGAAGUUCAUUUAAACAUACUCCAAAAGUUUGCCUCUGAAAAUGAUUUGCCAUGUAUUUACCUGCUAUGUAGUAGAGCUUUAGAACCAGACAUUUAUUCUCUUACUGUAAGAUUGGUUAGGUCAUCCCUCAACAAAUAUAGUCUCCUUGAAUGGUCUCAAUGGGAGAUGGAUUUGUCAUUCCUUAAUGAUUGUGAUAUUUUAUUCGACAUCUUAUACUUUAUUAGAUACAAAGUGGAAUUUGAGGCUUCAGGUAUGCAUUGUCCAUCUUUUUCCCAACAUGAAGAUUGUUGGAAACAAUACUAUGGAGAAAAGAGAAUAACAAUGUUCUUUUCUAAUACUAAUGAUUUCUUCAGAAAAUUCUAUCCUGAAGAAGCAGAAAGUGUGAGUGCUGCCCAAGAGAAAUUCAAACAAGAGGUUCUAUCUUGGAAAAAGAAUGUAGGAAAGUUUGUAAAACAUAUUAAUCUAGAAAAUGUACACUCUGUAACAGAUAAGGAAGUCAAAAUUAUUGCCAACUGUUGUCCAAAUCUUGAAAUAAUUAAUUUACGGUCUUGUAGGGUUACCCAAAAUGCUGACAAGUAUUUAACAUCAUUAUGUAAAAAUUUGAAAAAGAUUAGAAAGUAA